AGACUACUACAACAUUACAAUCUCCUUUAAACCGACAGACGACAACGCAAACAACAGCGCCGACAACAUCGUUAUCUACAACACCAAUAGAUGCCUAAUUCUAAUAAUUUUACAAAUUCUAUGUUGAUUGAUUCUACACGUAUCCCACAGAUGGCAUUACUUGACAGAGAUUUACAUGCUGGAAUUACAAGAACAAUGAGUACAACGACUCCAAUGGCUGUUGGGAAUGCAAAAGAUACACGUGCCACCGGCUGUUUAAAACCAAUCCGAUUAAAUGAACCUGUCACUUCACUGGGUAAAGCAUUCGCUGAAGUCGAUAGUGUUAUCGCCCAGGUAGUAUCAAACGCUUUCUCUGCUCCAACAGUCAACAACAGUGCAAAUUCAACAACAUCUAUGACUUCCUUGAUAAAUCCAUCUAUCACAACGUCAACCGUAGCAAUGCCAAGUAUACCAAUGACUGUUAUAACCGCGCCUAAUACAGAUCAUUUAAAAAAUAAUAAUUUCAUGUUAUCUAAUAAUGCAAAUUUUAUGCAUAAUACUACUGAAAUUAAUAAUAAUAGUAGUAGUAUCAGUAGUAGUAAUUGUAACCAUCAUCAUCAUCACCAUGAUAUCAGUGAUACCUUGUUAAAUAAUCAGACCAACAUUAUUGAUAAAAAGUGUAUAGCAAGUCAUAGAGAAUCUCUUCCUAUACAAACUUUACAUUUUCCACCGAUAUUAGACACACCAUGGGAGGAACCAGAUUGUAGUGAAGAUCACGCACUGAGUACAUCAAGCAGCGGUGGUUCCUGCACUGGAGGAGGCGUAGGUGGUGGUGCUAUUGGUGGUAUUUUUGGCAGUGUUAGUGGUUGUAGCAAUUCCAGCGCAACACCGACUAGUUCAGUCACAACAACAACACCAACGACGACAACACCCGCAACAGCAACAGCAACAAAUGUAUCUACAUUUAUAGGGAAUAAUCCAUUUCUACCAUUUAUAAGUCCAACUUUAACUCGACGUACCUCAUCAACAACAUCAUCAUCAACAACAGCAGCAACAGCAGCAGCAACAGUCAUCAACUCCAACAGGACACAAUCAAUAACAUCACCAGAUAUGAGCACAUUUUGUUCAGCUAUAUGUUGUCACCAUUCAAUACAAGGACAAAAUUGUAACCCACCGAUGACAAUGCCAUCCCCACAAUUUCAAUCAAAUCGUAGUGCUUGGGCUAAUGCAAUCAGUCCUGAAAAUGCUCAACAAAUUUAUGAUGAAUUACCACCAUCCAACUUUCUGUUGAGUUCACAAACUGUAACGCUGAAAGAAAGAUUAGGUGGAGGAAAUUUUGGUCAUGUUGUCAAAGGAUUGUAUAGAACACCAUCUGGUCAAGAGGUUCCUGUGGCUGUAAAAACACUGAAACCGAAUCAAAUUGUCAGUGCUGGAGAAAGAGAAAUAUUAGCUGAAGCGCGUACAAUGGCCCAGCUGAAACAUCGUCAUAUAGUAAGAUUAAUUGGUGUGUGUAAAGAAGAACAAUUUAUGCUUGUCCUUGAAUUAGCACCUUUAGGUCCUAUCAAUAAAUAUUUGAAGAGACGUCCUGAUGUCAGUGUACAUACAUUAACUGAAUUAAUGCAUCAAGUUGCCUUGGGUAUGGCAUACUUAGAAUCAUGUAAAUUUGUACAUCGUGAUUUAGCUGCACGUAAUGUUCUAUUGGUUACCCGGCAUUUUGCAAAAAUUAGUGAUUUUGGAAUGAGUAAAGCACUGAAUUUCGGUAGUGAUUAUUAUCGGGCAGCAACUGCUGGUAAAUGGCCAUUGAAAUGGUAUGCUCCCGAGUGUAUUUAUUACUUUCGUUUCGAUUCAAAAUCUGAUGUAUGGAGUUAUGGAAUUACACUGUGGGAAGUUUAUUCCUAUGGGGAACGACCGUAUAGAGAUAUGAAAGGUGCACAAAUAUUAGCAAUGCUUGAUCAGGGCCUCCGCUUAUCACGUCCUAGUCGAUGCCCUGAAUCCAUAUAUAGUGUUAUGCAACAAUGUUGGAAUUUCGAGGGAGUUCAUCGGCCAACAUUUGCUGAACUUGUCCUGACAAUAUCACGUAUACUUAAAGCUAUGCCAUCACCACAAACGAAUGUGUGCAUUCCUAACAAUAAUAAUAGCAAUAACAAUAAUAAUAUUCAUACUACGAAUAUCAGCUGUGGUAGUAAUCGUAAUGGUACUUCCACUAUUACUGCUACUUCUGCUGCUGCUGCUAUCAAUACUACUAACAAUAAUAAUAGUAGUAAUAGUAUGAUGUCAUGUAAUACAACUUUAAAAUUCGAUCAUUUUCAUCAUUCACCAACACAUCAACACACUAUGAGUGGAAGUAAUGAUAAUAAUAAAAAUAAUAUUAGUAAUAAUAAUACAGGCUUACAGCCAAUAGAAUUUAGUCCAUCAAGACGUAUCAUCGGAGGGAUUGGAACGACGAGUACAAGUUCUGGAGGAAGUGGUGUCAACAGUGGUGGAAGUGAUGGAAUUUCAUUUUGAAAAUUAAAUUGAAAAAAACACAUUAUUAUUUUUUAUUUUAUUAUGGAUCUAUUUGAUUUAUUAC